AUGAUAAACGGUCUCGAAAAAUUAGCAUUAUUUUUGGGUAAAGAAAAACUAAAAAUUGUACGUUCCGAAUUUUCACACUUAUCCGACGAAGAAUUUGAUUUAUUAACACGAAAGGAUAUAUUUCCGUACGAGUACGUUCACCGCGUCGAAAAGUUGGAAGACACAUGUUUACCACAGCUCGAAUCCUUUUACAGUUCUCUGACCUCUGACACAGUAUCCGAGAGCGAUUACGCACACGCUGUCAACGUAUGGCAUCGGUUCUCAGUUCGAACGCUAGGUGAAUACAGCGAUCUGUAUUUAAAAACGGAUGUGUUGUUGUUAACCGACGUUUUUGAAAAUUUCCGCGAUAAAUGUAUUGAAAAUUACGGUCUUGAUCCCGCGCAUUAUUACACUCUUCCCGGAUAUACGUGGGACGCUAUGUUAAAAUAUACCAACAUUACUUUUGAACUGCUUACCGACAUUGACAUGGUAAUGUUUAUCGAACGCGGUAUACGUGGCGGCUUAAGUCAAUGUUCCGGUAGAUACGCGCAGGCUAACAACAAGUAUAUGCAGACGUACGAUCCAUCGAAACCAUCGUCGUACUUAAUGUACUUUGACGUUAAUAAUUUGUACGGCUGGGCGAUGUGUCAGCCACUGCCUUAUGGAAAAUUUCAAUGGGUUAAAGACGUCUCGAAUUUCGACGUAAACGCAAUCGCUCCGGAUUCAUCCACGGGAUACAUUCUCGAGGUUGAUCUCGAGUAUCCUCGAGACCUUCACGACCAACACAUUGACCUACCUUUCUGUCCGACGCGCGAUAAACCACCAGGCAAGCGAGAAUAUAAACUUCUUGCCACGCUCUACGACAAAAAGCGUUACGUCAUCCACUACCGAAACUUACAGCUGUGCACGCGUCACGGUCUUUGGGUUACAAAGAUACACCGCGUGUUGAAAUUCGCGCAAUCUCCAUGGCUUUGUAAAUACAUAGAGUUAAAUACACAAUUCCGGACUCUCGCUAAAAAUGAUUUUGAAAAGAAUUUAUAUAAAUUAAUGAAUAACGCGGUUUUUGGAAAAACCAUGGAGAAUGUGCGCAAUCAUGUUGACGUUAAGUUAUUGACGCAAUGGAAGGAAAAACUCGAGGUGAAGUUCUAUAAGCCGAUCUACGUAGGCAUGUGUAUCCUAGAUAUUUCCAAGAUGUGUCUAUACGAAUUUCACGACGAGUACAUGCAACCUUUAUAUCGAGAUAAAUGUAAAGUUAUGUAUACCGACACCGACAGUCUGAUAUACCACGUUGAAUGUGAGAAUAUUUACGAGAUGAUAAAACGCGAUAUUACUAGAUUCGACACAAGCGAUUAUCCGGUCGACAACGCGUACGGUAUGCCUGUCGUAAAUAAAAAAGUACCGGGUCUAAUGAAAGAUGAAAACAAUGGCUUGAUAAUGACCGAGUUUGUUGGACUUAGGGCAAAGAUGUAUGCGUUGAAGGUAGACGGAAAAAAGGAUACUAAAAAAGCGAAAGGUGUCAGGAACAACGUAGUAACGCGAACCAUAACAUUCGAAGAUUACACCCGCUGUCUGCGAGACGAGAUCGAGAUGACGCGUUGCCAGUCGUGUAUACGGUCCAAGAUGCAUGAAGUAUACACGGUGUCCGAAACGAAAAUUGCUCUAAGUCCGUACGACGAUAAGAGAUACCUCGUACCCGAUUCGGUCGAAACGUUACCGUGGGGACAUUAUCGGAUACCUUUAUAA